AGAUGACGCCAGGGGCGUUCCGGUAAAAGCGCACGCUGCCUAGAUGCUCCUUGCUUUCGCUCGCUCGCUCGAUCGGAGGAUGUAUAAACACCCAUAUAUAGUAAUCCCAUACGCAGCGUAACGCAUAACACCUAACUAAGCUAGGCUAACAAGCCAAAGCACAACGCGGGGAAGCAGGCGGGAGAGAGGGAGGUAUACCUCGCUGCUUGGCCUCGAUCUUCCAUGGAGGAGCAAGGGGAGAGGGGGCUCCAGCUGCUGCUCCCCGCAGCCGCUGCUCGGGUGCUCCGGGAAGCGCCGGCCAGCGCCGCCACCGACCACCAGCAGCUGGACCUCGACCUGUCCAUGAGCAUUGGGCCGAGGCAGCAGCAGCUGCAGCUGCCACGGCCGGCGCCGCCGACUCCACCGGCGAACGAGAGCAGGAGAGCGGCGGCGACUGUGGCCGCCAGCGCUGCGACGGCGAGGCAGCUGCAGCAGCAGCAGGUGACGGUGGACGUCGGCGCCGUGAAGCAGCAGACGGCGGAGCAGGCGCGGAUGGCGUCGGCGGAGCGCGCCUACGCGGAGCGCGUCCGGGAGCUGGCCAAGCGGGAGCUGGAGCUCGCCGAGAGGGAGUUCGCGCGCGCCAGGAUGAUCUGGGAGCGUGCCCGCGAGGAGGUGGAGCGGGUGGAGCGGAUGAAGCAGAUCGCCGCCAGGCGGCUCGGCUCCGCCGCGUCCGCCGCCGCGCUCGAGAUCACCUGCCACGCCUGCAUGCAGCGCUUCCAUCCUUAAUUAGGUCGACAUGGUCGGUCGGAGAUCGAUGCUUCCUGCUCGCCAUUGCUAGCUGUAACUCUCUCUCUCUCUCUCUCUAUCUUUCUAUCUCUCGUAUCUCCUGUCUUGUGAGUGCCAGUCACCUUCUGUUUGAGACGAUAAUCAUCUGGUUGAUGCAUGCAGCAAGGAAGCGGUUAUUCCUCCUUACUCUA